UUCAUCAUCUCCAUCCUCUUCUUCUCCUCCACCGAAACCAUCACCAGCCUCUUAGUGGGUUAAUUUCUGAGUUUAAUUUCAAACGAGAUUGGAGGGAUUGGAUUCAUGAAUCUGACGAUUAGUUUCCAAGUUUUGAUUGAAUUAAUUGUAUUGGAUUUGAAUGUUAAUUGGAUCCGAAGUAGGAUUGUGAUUGCAACCGCCACGUGGUGGAAUCAUUUUCAUGAAAUCAGAAGCAAUUCGCCAUGUAGCUCCUUGAAGCCUUCAAACUCGAAAGAGAUCAACAGCCCCUUCCAAACCACCAAUCUUUGAUGCACCGCUGCAAUCAUAGUAACCCAUCUAGUUCCUGCCAGACACCCACUGCGAGACAACAAAGAGUCCAAAAAAAAAAAAAAAAAACUCGGUCAAAUCUGCAAGCCUAGAAACAAGCCUGCUUAGACCCGAGUCCUACCGGAUCUGCCCAUCGAUCACCAUCAUCGUCACCCAAUAUGCUCUACGGAAAACUAUUUUGGUGAUACUGAACCUAGCGCAAAGCGCUCGACUUUAAUGGAUGGGCCACGAAGCCGGAAUCGGAGAGGGAAGGGAUCAGCGGGGAGAUUAUAUAAGCCUCGGUGGGGUGUAGAUUACCGCUGCUGGGAUUGACUCUGAGAGACCAGGUGGAGAAGCCGGUGGUUUUCCAAGCGGAGAGAGCUAGAGAGUCGUAAAGGAGUUGGGAAAUGGUGGAUUUGGAGAUGGGUUUUGGAGGAGGGAGGGAGGUGAAGAGGGAGUAGUGAGGGGAGGGGUGAUCGUCGGGUGGUGUGGGGUGGAGGAGAGGGAGGAGAGGGGCGGAGAGGUAGCGGCAGAAUGGGUUGGGCUGGUUGGCCCAGUCGAAUCUGCGAGGGCCUCUGGCGUAGCGAGUGAAGUGGUGCUUGGUGUCGUUGUGGUACGUGAGGACUUGCAAGGGGUUUUGGUCGAGUUGCGGGUCGGGUUGUUUGGGGGUGGAGAGUGAAGAAGGGGAAGGAGAGGAGGAAGAGAAGGACAUGGUUGUGGUGGUGGGGAUGGAGGUGGAGGGGAGAGGUUAGAGGGAACGAGAACCUUGUGGGAGGGAGCGGUGGCAUUAUUCCUUGCAUUCGUUUUUGUAGAGGAGAAUGGUCCUCUAAGUUGUUGAAGUUCUAGAGCAAGAGAGGUGCUGGUGAUGGUUUCGGUGGAGGAGAAGAAGAGGAUGGAGAUGAUGAAUAGUAAAAUGACAAAAAUAUCCUUCAAAAUUUAACGCCGUAGACGAUUUUACUGUUUCCAGGUAUGGAAAUUGGGUCGGGGCCAAAACGUCAGGUACCAUUGUGAUAUUUUUCAAAGUUUAGAUACGAAAAUUAAUAGUCUGGAAAAGUUCAGACACUGUUUGGACGAAUUUCCCUUUACUUUUACAAAAUAUUAGUUUGGUCCAAGAACAGACAAAUCUGCAACAGGAACAAGAACCAGAAAAGCCUGUGAAAAAUUCCUUCACAAUAUUCUCUGGGGUUGAAGACAUUUGGGCCCUUUUUUUCCUGCUCCUUCCUUUAUAGCUUUGACCCCCUUUGUCUUUUCCCACAUAUACUAUACCCUACAGCUACUGUGGUCUACAGCAUAGGCAUAGCAACUUUACUCUCUACUUGAAUAUCAGGAAGCUUCUCAGAGUAUCACAAAGAGUGUCCUCAUAAGCUGGAAAAAAAGAAUAGCUAAAAGAUAAAAGAGGGCUCUUUGAUUAAAUGCAAUGGAGAAGAAGAGGAAGAAGGAUGAGAAAGUUGCUUGCACCACUAGUCAAGAACCGGAGACAGACCACCAUAUCUUGAGCAAGGAUCACCAAAGCCAAGUCGAUACUGAACCUCUAACAAAGAGUACAAACACUGAUAGUCCUUCGAAUGGCAAUGUACCUUCCCUAUGUCACCAAUACCCAGUAACUUUUCCAUGGCCGUACACGCCUCAACAUGGUGGGGAGCAAUGUCCUUUGGUGUCUAGACCCUUUGUUGCAACUCAAUCACCGCUGCCUGGCAUUAUAAGCCAAUGGCCGCAGUUUCCACAUCAGGUCCAGCAUGGCCAGCCACCACAGAACUAUUCCCAGUCAGCUGCUCCCUUUUGGCUACCACAGCAGCCUGGUUAUCCAUUUUCUGCCUCCAAUGCACCGCCAACUUGCCAGCCAUUUGUUGCUGUUGGAGCAACUGAUAUUAGUGGUGGAACUUCAACAACAAACCAAACUCAGGUUCCCAAUUUCUAUUACCAUGUUGGGUACCCAUAUCCAGGCUUUCCAGGUUCAUGUGAUUCCUUAUCUUGGUGGAAUCAAGCACAAGCACCACAACCUCUGUGCACAUAUGCUUUUCCAGGAGGCUGCAUCUCUUCACCACCUGCAUCGCUGCCUAGUUGUUCUGCAACUCUUGGGCAAACCUUUGAAAAAGGAAUUAUCAGGCCACCAGCAAAACUUUCUAAGAAGCACCAGCAGCUUUGGGAUGUUCAAUCUGCAGAAAAUGUUCAGCUAUGGAGUGCAAUCAACCACUUGCAAUCAGAAGCAACUGAUUACAAAAAUUGCUUAACAAGGCUCGAAGCAGAACUGUCUUCUCUUAAAGCAGGAGCAGAAGAGACCACUGCUCAAGUUAGCGGGGCUGUUUUAUCUGCAAAACCAUCAAAGAGAGGGAGACCAAAGAGAUCAGUUGCUUCAGCUGAUGCAGUGCAUUCUCCUGAUAAGUCUCAUCGCCGAGCUCGUGGCAGAAAAUCUGUAGUAUGCAAUGCUCAACAGUUUGAUAGUAAAUCACAUUUGUUUGAGAAAGUAAUCCUCAACAAGGUGGAAGACAAAGAAAAAGCAUGUCACUUAACAGCCGCUGUUGAGCAAGGAAACAAUGCCUCACAUGUUGUCACACAUUCUGGUGGCAAUAUGGAGAUAAAUGGAACCAGUUCGACAAUGCCUGCAUUCCACUAUCAAUUUCAGCACGAACUUCCUGCUGUCCAAACACGUGGAAAUGGGAGUUCUGCUUCUUUGGAAAUGAAAGGUACUGAUGUCAAGGCUAACAACUGUAGGACUACCUACCCUAUCUAUCCUCAGAACAUCCCAUGGCCUUAUAACAAUACCUCUGAAAUGGAGAGAAACGAGCUAAAUAUUGGCCCCAAUGGUUUGUACAAUAGCGGUAUUGUUAUCACACAAGGGGGACAGAUCAUCCCUGGAUGGAGUUUUGGAAAUGAAGAGGAUGCUUCAGAAAAGCAGGAAGAUGCCAUGUUAGGAUCAGGAAAGAAUGACAAUGAGGAGACCAUGGGAGAUGAAUCCAGUUCAGGAGCAGAAAAAGUUGCUCGAACAAACAAUGAGGGUGGCUUCAAAAUGGAUGAUAGAGAAGGAACUAGCAAUAAGUGUCUUGCUCCACCCAAUAACUAGUGACAGAGUUUAUUCCACUAGUCUGCAUUUAGAGUUUAUAUGAUAAGAUUUUGAUGCCUCCUGCAAGAUGGGGCUUGCUAUUCUCUGCACAGAAAUGUUGGCCCAAAUUUUGUAGCUAGGAAGAGCAGGAUGGUAUAAUCUUGGAAAAUGUGGUAAACAUAAAAGGGGAUUUUGACUCUCUAAGAUGCGGCAAAGUAUAUGUAAGAAUUCGAUCUCCAAUUUAGGCAUUCGGUUUUCAUAUGGAACUCUCGUCUUUCUUCUUCAAUCUUUCUACUAGCUAUACUAAAUUCUAAAUAUUGCACUA